AUGCCUCCGAAGCGAAAGAGGCCCGACCGGCCAGCUGGCGAUGGGGGCCGACCAUCUCCUCACAGGCCCGGGGAUGCGAACCUUGCCCAGCACGAUGGCCAUCAUGAUGGUGCCUCCAGAGGACGAGGAACUCGCGGAGGCCAUUUCGCACACGGCCAACGCGGGGGUUUCAAUCGUCGAGACUCAUCUCAGGGAUAUGGACGAGCAGGCAGUCAACACCAUGGUCAACAGCACAGCGUGCACAAUCAACCUGGAAACCAAGGCCAAGCAGAACCUCCAUCGCCCACCAAACAAUCACCUGGUUCCGUCCAGUCACAGCCUCCAAGGCAGCCAAUUUCUCCCGCUCUGACGAAGCCACCAUCUGAGCAAGUACCACGGCCUGAUUCUCCCGCGAGUCCAAAUUAUCAGUACGAGAGCCUCACAGACGACAUAGUACAAGCUUGGGAAGAACGAGGCCGUCGCGAUAUAGUACAGCAUGGCUUGCAAGCCCGGGAAGACGUUGAUACCACUGAACUGUCAAUGCUCUUUCAAGAGUUCAUCCAAGCCGUCAUUGAGAGCAGAAUUGACGCUGCUGAUGCUGGAGCAUCUAUCAAGGAGAUCUUGGGGGAGGACAAUGCAGAUGCCGCCCAGGACGCCGAUGCCUUUGCGCCUCACACUCUAUUCCUCGAUUCUUUUGCUACCAUUAUGGAGAACGACCCCGGGCUGUAUCGACCGACACUUCGGGAUUUCUUGAUUGCCACAGGCGUUUCGCCUACUUUGAUGCGUCUAGUCCUGGAUGCUCCAAUCUUACAACAAAUGGGAUUGGUUCGAGAUAAUUUUGGUAAACUACGUGUCCGUCAGGCCACGAAUUUUCUGUAUCGGCAAGCAAAUUACAAUCUUCUCCGCGAAGAGACUGAAGGCUAUUCAAAGCUUAUCACAGAGCUCUUCUCAACCAAUAGCAUGACACCACCGCCUCCCGAGCUAGCUGAGCAGACAUUCGAAAGAAUGAAGGGUCUCAUAGGCACCUUCGACUUGGAUGUUGGGCGUGUGCUUGAUGUUACGCUCGACGUCGCUGCCGCUGUCCUGAUCAAGCAAUACAAGUUCUUUGUCAAGUUUCUGAGAGUGAGCUCGUGGUGGCCACGAUCUCACUUCAAAUACGAUGAUGCAUAUAACGGAGGCUUGCCACUAUGGGCCAAUCCAGGAUACUCGCAAUGGACAGUGACCGCUGAGGACGAAGCUCAAAUCGCCAAACAAAAGUUGGCAAGGGACGUAACCUUCUGGGAACGUGCUAGAGAGAUACACCUCGGUGCCUUCUUCGAACUGGGCGGUAGACGAGUCAGCGAUCUGGAUUUUCAACAAGUCAAAGCGGCCGACGGUAGAGGAAUAGAAGAGACAGCCGAUUUUGAACAACAAUGGAUUGAAGAAACAAAUACCCGACCCCCUCCCGGAAACCGUGUUGCCGCACAGCUUCUUGGUUUCAAAUUAUCAUUUUAUAACUCGAAAGUACGCGACAAAACCGAUGUCCUUCCCGCUAACUUACUCUACCUUACUGCCCUUCUGAUCAAAGUUGGAUUCCUAUCUCUCACGGACCUCUAUUUACAUCUGUCCCCACCUGACGACGAUAUGGAGAAAGUUCGUGAGGAGGAAGCAGAGAAAUUGGAAAAGGAGGAACGCGCGGCUCGCGGUGGAGGACAAAUGAACGCACUACUGAUGGCAGGGGUCCUGCCACAAGGGGAUGAUGACAACCCUAAUGUAUCGACUAUACCGAAAAGGGAGGCACCAAAAAAGGUUGAUACGGAGACGAAGCAGGCGGUAAAAGAAGAAAACGACGCGAAAAACAAGCUUCCCGAGCCACUGGAACAGAAGGUGUCACUCUUAACGCAGCUUCUGACAAUCGGUGCUAUACCCGAAUCGUUGUUCAUUCUCGGUCGAUUCCCUUGGAUUCCUGAGAUCUUUCCCGAGGUGCUUCAAAGAAUACAUCGCAUUCUUCAUGUCAGCCUCGAAAAGGUUUAUACUGACACUCGGCCCGUGGCAAUGUCAACGAUGGACUGCCCCAGCAAGCAGCUCCCGGAUCUCGAUCAAACAGGCAUACCAAAGGGCAGUGUUAGACUCGUCACACAGGCGCCAAAGAAACAAUGGCGGUGGCCAUUCCCGGAGAAAUUUGACGUCAACGAGAACCAAAACUAUCGAUUCUAUUGGGACGAGUGGGCCGACAACAUCCCGGUAUGCCAGACAGUCGAUGACGUCUUCACGCUUUGUAAUACCUUCUUGAACAUUUCUGGUGUCAACAUAGGCAGGGACGAGGCUCUACUGGCCAAACUGGCCGGCAUUGGCAGCAAGAGUCUUGCAGAUGACAAGUCGGACUCGAAUCUUAAUCGUUGGUACGAUCUUCUGCGACGAUUAAUGCUGCCGGCGUUGAGCCACACCAAGGCCAACGCGUCCGUUGUCAACGCCAUUUGGGGUCUUCUCAAACAUUAUCCCUUGACAACACGAUACUCGGCGUACGCUGAGUGGUUUGAGGGACAAACAUCCAGACUACCUGCCAUGAAAUCCGCCUUUGCUCGGGCCACGUCCGAAACUAGAGGCACGAUGAAACGUGUUUCUUUGACAAAUCUCAGCGAAAUGGCUAAGCAACUCGCCAAAACCAGCUACUCAUCUCCGGGCAUUGUCUUCCGCGUCGCUUUCGAACAACUGGAAUCAUAUCCAAACUUGAUUGAGGCAUUUGUCGAGUGCGCCAAGUAUUUCACGGAUCUGUCGUAUGAUGUACUGAUUUGGUCAUUAUUAAGUUCAUUGGGCAAGUCACGAAGUCGAACUCAGGCUGAGCACGCGCUUACGACCAGUAAGUGGCUGCAGGCUUUGUCGCGAUUUUCAGGCAAAGUCUUCCGCCGAUAUCCAGUCUUAAGUCCGACCCCCAUCCUGCAAUACGUCAAUGACCAGCUUUUCCGUGGCAAUGCUACCGACUUAAUUAUCCUCAAAGAAUUCGUCUCGUCAAUGGGCGGCAUUGUCGAUUCUGUGGACUUUACCGACUACCAGGUGCUGUCAAUGGCAGGGGGCGCAUGUUUGAGAAGACAUACUCUGAUUCGGGCCCAGGAUCGACGAUUUGACAACGUCAAGAGCUCGAAGCGCCUCAUACAAGCUCUUGUAGACUCCAAGUUGGCAGCCAACCUUCUACUCAAUCUAGCCCAGUAUCGGCAGGCUGCAAUUUUCCAAGUACCGGAAGACGAGGCACACAUCAAAUACCUAUCUUCUGUCGUCGAUGACUCUCACCAAACCUUGAUCCAAUAUCUUGAUCUUCUCUGGAGUAACCUCGACCCCGGUACAUUUGAUGCAAUUGUUCCGUCUAUUUCUGAACUAAUAGCCACGUAUGGUCUCGAUACUAGUUUGGCUUUCCUCAUCGGCAGAACAAGCCUUGGCCAUCGCAUCUUCCCCUGGAAAGAAGGAAAAGGCAAAAAGGUCGCAAAAUCUGUCACUGACAAGGAAUGCGAUGUGGAUAUGGCAGAGGCCAACGCUCAGAGCGAGGAACCCAAGGAGUCGGAAACCCAAGGAAUCGCGGGAAACGAAGAGCAGGUAUGCAUGAUAUUUCGUCAUCUCAGCGGUAUUUCAUGGAUGGCAGCUAACUGUGAGCAGAAGUCGGAAGACGUAUCCCUCACUCGAACAACCGUAGACGCGUUGCACCCUAUCAUCGAGUCGGUUCGAUCCCACAUUCGACCUGAAGUUUGGCAGAAAAUUUCUCCCGAACUGUACACCACUUUCUGGGCGUUGCAGUUGGGAGAUGUCUGCUUCCCGGAAGAAACAUAUGUUCGUGAGCGCCAACGGAUCAUGAGUGACUGGCAGAUGCUCUCAAGUGACAGAUCGGAUAUGAGCCGAAAAGCUGUUGACCGGAGGAACGAGAAACGGAAAGAUCUUAUGGACCUGCAAGGCUAUCUACUGGACGAACUCAGCGAGCAUGGUCUCCGUAAAGCUAAGUGGAAGUAUUACUUAACCAAGCAGUUUCAAACGUCUUUCCCGGACCUCACUGCAAAAGCGGACACUAUCUCCGACGUCCUGCUAGAACAAUGUCUACUUCCUCGUGUUCUCAUGUCGCCAGCCGACGCUGAAUACACAUUUCGCUUCAUCAAAGCUCUCCACGAGUGGAAUGCUCCUGCGUUCAAACUCAUGUCUCUUUACGAUCGACUCUUCAACGCAAAUCGGCUGAGGUCGCUCAUAUUCACAUGUACCGUGCGAGAGGCCGAGUACUUCGGCCGUUUUUUGAAACUCAUCUUGGAAGACCUAUCGCGUUGGCACAAGAAUGACCCAAUUGUGGGAGAUAGGGACAACAAGGGUGCAAAGGAUAUUCCGACGCUUGGAACAUAUGACAAAGAAGGCAAAGGCCUUACCGAACAGCCGCACUUUGGAUUUUCUCUUACGGUGAACCACGACGGCAAACCGGAAACCUUCGUUGGGCAUGCCCAAUUUAGGGAUCUGUUGUUUAGGUGGCACAAGAACUUGAACAUGGCACUUAAAAAUUGCCUUGGGGGCUCUGAAUGGAUGCACAUUCGAAACGGUAUUACGGUGCUCAAAACUGUCUUGGACUUCUUUCCGGCCAUAGACUUCAUGGCAACUCAAUUUAUCACUCAGCUGCAGAACAUCACAAAGCGGGAGGCCACGGCGAAGAUUUCGCCUGACUGCGAAGAGGGUGGGCGUGUUGACUUGUCAGUUGCGGCGCAAGGUGCAAUGUCGGAGCUGCAACGACGAAAGUCGAAAUGGGUCAUGGUACAAGCGUUCCGCCAAAACGCUGAUCCUGGAUCUCGGCAAGAAAGUAAUAAAUCAUCCGGCCCUGCUUUUCGACCAACCGCCCCUGAUUUCAAACCGCACGGCGAUAAAACCUCUAUCACAAAGAAUGCUGCCGUUGAGAAGGAAGACGGGGAGGUACAGGACAGAGAGGGUACCCGAGAAAAAGGUGGAAGCACGCCCCAAGAGCCUGUGCCCCCCAAACUCGCCGGAAAUGCUCGAGACUCGACUAAGCCAGGUGAGACACCUGGACAGUCAAGGUCUUCGACCCCAAAACCUGCGGUUGCGAAGACUGAGCCACGAGGCCACAAGCUGCCAGAUCGACCCUCUCACAAUCUUCCCAGUCGCCCAGAUGUACCCAUCCCCGGACACUUUACAUCUGAGCGCUUCGGUCAGUCGCGGGGUCACGAUCGCCGCGAUGGUAGAGAAUCUCGCGGCCAUCGAGAUGUACGAGAUGUCCGAGAAGGCUGGGAUAGGGACACAAGAGACGCCCGCGAUGUUCAAGACUACAGGGAAUCUCGACAGUCUGAUUCAGAGCGCCUUGGACGGGGUCGUGACUUUGCAGAACGUCGUGCAGCCGACUUUCAAGAAGAUCUUGGCCGUACCGAAUUGCCCCCACGACCAAUACAGUCAGAGCGCGAACGACCACAUCGCGAGCAUCGGGUUAAUACUCAAGCGCACGAUCGUCCCCCUGAAAGCGCUACAUCAGAGCCCACCGUGCUCCCGGAAGCGCGCGAGCCUGUCAUGAAUCCUGAACGAGCAGCACUUUUUGCCCAAGAUACACCAGAGCGGCCGUCUCGUGGACCAAACCCUGACCGCUCAUCAAGAGGUCGCCGACCGGGCGGCAGUGCCACGACUGAUGACAUCAAUCUUGAGCGUGCUGCUCUGAUCGCCGACAGAGGCAACGACACUCAUAACACUCCCGGCAGGCUUAACCGUGAUGACGGCCACGAAAGCGCUGGAAUGGGCCAGUCUCCACGACGUAGCACUCGGAAUAGCAAUGAGCAAAGCUCUGCGCUUGGGGGUUGGGAAGAUCGUCAGGCUCGUAAUGCUUCUCAAGAUCAACGUUUUAGUGGUCGUGAAGCACGAGAUCGCUCACCACCGCCAGGAGCUUUCAAAGGAAAAUGGCCGAUGGAUUGGGAAGACGACAGACUACACCCAGAUACGAUGCGUGACAGCUCUGGAUUUCACCGAUCAGUAGGCCGUCCACAGGAGGCCGAAAGUCGCAAGUCAUACCAAGACCAGAAUUAUGGACGACUCAAUCCCGUCCCACAUGCUUCCAAUUCUGAUAUUCCGUCAGGUCCGCGAGGCAGAGGUAGAAACACAAGCCGAGGCGGACACGGACAGCCGACGUUGCCGGGUCGACCUGAAAACCGAUUUGCUCCUCCAGAGACGCCACGCCCGCCAUCCCCCGAAAGGUCUGGUCCACCAACUGGUCCACCAACUGGUCCGUCUUCAGGUCGAUACCGUCGCGGUUAUGAACCUGGCAGCGGACCGCAGACGCCGGCUGGUACUCCGGCAGAAGCCUCAGGGCGAGCUAGGAACUUCAAUCAGAGCGGCGAGAAGCCUGUACUAGCAAAUGUAAACGCAACACCGACGCCUGUUGUGCAUCCAGAACGCCUCGCCCAGCUUGGUACUGGCCCACCUUCUGGACCUCAAGGAAAUCAGCGCCACCACGGCCAAGUAAUCAAUACUCCUGAUUGGCAACAACCUAGCCCGAGAGGCGCCUCUGGAUUUGACGUUGAGACGCCAACUGGACCGGCUAUGGCAGAUCGUCCAGGACGGGGCGGAGGCAGGAGACAACUUGCAGGAAUCAACAGUACUCUCCAACAGGCACAGGCAAAGGUACCAGAACCGCCUCGCACAAGCGGGCUCCGCAUGAACCAGCCGCGGCAAAUGCUAGGCAAUUCUGACAUUCAGGUUCUCGCUGGUGGCUCAUCAACAUCAACACUUGGCCAAGAGCGGCAUGACACAUUGUGGAUGUCCUCCAACGGAGGUGACAACCAAGCGCGACGGGAUUACGACAGGUCCAGGACUGAUCGCGAUGGACGGUCUGAUAGAUCUAACCGCACGUCACGCCGAAACAGUCGCGAACGUGAUCGAGAAGGCGUGGAUCCUAUCGAAGGCAGGGAAAGACGAUCCGGGGGCGGUCCAGAUUCUGGCGACAACAGGGAGGAGCGCGAAUCUCGUCGUCAACCAAGGAACUCGAUGGGCCCACCUUCAUCGGCCAGCGGACGUGACAGCCGGUACCGAAACGAUGGUCAGCCUGGCGGAGGUAACUGGGGUGAAAACCGGAGCGGUCAUAGGACCUCAAGCGGCACCAGCCGAGGAACAUGGCCGCGAGACGGUGGAAAUCAGCUUGUCAACAGGAGAGAUUAUCGAGACGACCAUGGACGCAAGAGACGAAGCGAGGAGGGCGUAGGCAACUUGACGAGCGAGCGCGAAAAGCGGCCCCGGCGAUAA